AUGUGCACGCGGGCAGGGCAGGUCACAUCUUCUCUUUGUGCAUUCCCUCUUGCGCCCCCCGCUGCCACCAUCCGCACCCCUGCCUUCCUCAUGUGCCACCCACCAUCCGCACCCCUGCCUUCCUCAUGUGCCACCCACCCUCCGCACCCCUGCCUUCCUCAUGUGCCACCCACCAUCCGCACCCCUGCCUUCCUCAUGUGCCACCCACCAUCCGCACCCCUGCCUUCCUCAUGUGCCACCCACCAUCCGCACCCCUGCCUUCCUCAUGUGCCACCCACCCUCCGCACCCCUGCCUUCCUCAUGUGCCACCCACCAUCCACACCCCUGCCUUCCUCAUUUGCCACCCACCAUCCGCACCCCUGCCUUCCUCAUGGCACACGUGCAGGCCAGCAGGGCAUCUCUUCUACUACAUGGUUGUUGUUUCAUCAGGCCCUUCCCUCCCCGCAUUUCCCCCGCCACAUCCCUUGCCCCCUCUGUUUCCUCCUCAUACACGCCCAUGACCUUCUCGCCAGGGCACACGUGCAGGCCAGCAGGGCAUCUCUUCUGUGUGCAUUCCAUUUUAAGAACUCUCAAAAGCGACCGCCUCCCUCCACCUCCGCCCCUUCCCUCCCCCAUUUUCUCACCAGAAUCGCGCUUGACCUAGUUGCCAGGGCACACGUGCAGGCGGGCAGGGCACAUCUCUUCUGCAUGCUGUUGUCUCAGGCCCUCCCUUCCCCGCAUUUCCCUCACCGUUCUACCGAACCCCUUUCCAACCAAAACCCACAGCAACCAGCAGCACCAGAAACGCAAUCCAAGCCCGUCAUCCCUGGAUCGACCCUCCUCACCGAACAAGCCCUGAAAACUUUUGAGCAGCGUUUUGAGUGCCUGGCCACCCAGGGCAUCUGGGAUCUGGACCCGGUCCCCCGCCAACUCCCCUGGUUCAAACUCCGCAAGGGUUGGUCCGGCUGGGAGUGUGACGCUGCCUGGUCGCGCCAGGCCUCUGAAACUGGCAAUCUGGCCUUCACCGCUGCCGAUGCUGUAGCUGAUGAGGCUCGGCAUGCGCGGGAGUGGCAGGUUCGGGACGCGGCGAAAUACAGGUGGAGGGUGCACAGGAGGUGCGGGCGGUGGGGUGCGGUGGAGAGGGGUGAGCUGGCAGGGAGGCUGGCGGGGCGGAGGGUGCUGAUGGUGGGGGAUGAAACGAGCGCAAUGCUGUUCCUGUCCCUCCGCAACCACAUGCUCAUGCCAGGAGGGGGACGGGUGGGGGGAGGAGCGGGAGGAGCCGGAGUAGCAGGAGGAACGGGAGGAGGGAAGGGGUAUGAGGGGCUGGAACAUCGGAUCAUGGUGCGGGAUGAGGUGCCGGAUUUCUGUGCCAGGCUGGACCUAAGGCAGCAGCAGGACUUUCCUGUCUGCACCCAAUUCACCUUUGGCGACUCCGCGUCUGUCCUCUUUGUUCGGGACGACGUCCUCCGAACCUCGCCACCCAAUACCGACCCUGCGGCCCAGGAUCCGGCUGCCGGACCUGCGGACGCAUCGACCCUCUCGUUGCCCUGGUUUGACCAGAUCAAGGCUGUCCCCUCUAGUAGCAGCUCCAGUAACAGCAGCGGCAAUGACAGCAGCAGUAACAUCUCUGUGCUUAUACUGAACCGCGGGUCACACUUUAUCGAGGACGAUAAGUUCAUCCCCCAGCUGAACGAAACCCUCACCAAAGUGAGAGCCGCAGCACCGGACCUCCUCAUAAUCUACCGAAGCACGCCGCCCGGCCACGCCCACUGUGACCAGCUGCUUGCACCAAUCACAGAGCGCCAAGACCCCUCGUCCUUACCCAACCACUGGGGGGAGUUUGCCGCACAGAACGAGUGGGCGAAGCGGCUGGUGAGGGCAGUUGGGGGCGUGUUCCUGGAUGUUGACCCUAUGACCGCUUUGAGACCCGACGGGCACAUUCGCCCGCCCUUGGAUUGCCUACAGUAUUGCCUGCCUGGCCCUCCGGAUGAGUGGACCAGGAUGCUCUACCACAUGCUGCUCGACCUGCUCUGA